AUGAGACGCAGUCGCUCCCCGAGUGCGCCUUCGCACUACCGGGCGCUGGGCCAUCAUGGCAACGGGGCCAAAUCAGACUCCGUCUCGCUCAUCCGGUCGUUCAAUGUCGAGAACAACCCGACACGCCCGAUGCGACCAUCCCCGCUCACGGCGUCGACCAUCAGGGACAUGCCAUUGGACCUGGUAGACCGCAUCAGGAGCUUUCCCCUCUUCCUCUCCGCGUCGGAAGAGUUUUUAGUAGCCAUUGGCAAUCAUCUGAAACCGCAGGUACACGGGCCCAACGACCACAUCAUCACAGAGGGGGACGACGCAAAGGCCAUGUACUGGCUGGUGCGAGGCGUCGUCGCAGUCACGUCUCGCGACGGCGAAGCGGUUUAUGCAGAACUCAAGGCUGGCGCAUUUUUCGGCGAGAUCGGAGUGCUCAUGGACAUGCCCAGGACGGCCACCAUCGUCGCCCGAACCAAGUGCCUGUUGCUGGUGCUGAAGAAGGAAGACUUGCAGACCGUCAUGCCCAAGUUCCCGGAGAUGGAAAAGGCCAUUCGACAGGAGGCGGAGGAAAGACUGAGCGUGCUCAAGAAGAAGCGCCUUGAGCGCGGUGCCAGGCUCAAAUCCGCCAAGAGCGAUUCUGCUGCGCGAACGACGACGCCGGGCGAAGUGUCGACGGGAGAGACGGGCGCGAUCAAGGACGGCACGGUGGUCAAGUCCAAGAAGCGAAAAUCCCCGAGCCCCAGCGUGAUCGAGGACCCGGCCCUUGGCAGCGCGUUGGGAAGCGGGUUCGUCAACAUUCGAAAGACGCUUAAGGAGCUUCCUCUCUUCUCGAAUCUGCCGCCCGAUGUCCUACACUUCCUUGGCCUGAGCGUCCAGCCAAAGACGUAUCCGCCCUUCACCGACAUAGUACGCGAGGGCAGCCCUGGCCAUGAGAUUUUCUUCAUCGUGCGUGGCGAAGCGGAAGUCAUUCACACCCACCCCAAAACAGACAGGGAAGCCGAAAGCUUGACCAGAUCGAUCCAAAAAAGACCUCGGCUAAAGGCUGGACAAUACUUUGGAGAGGUUGCGAGCCUGGGCCUGUCUCGUGGGCGCACGGCGACAGUCAGAUCGAUCACGACAGUGGAAUGUUUGAUGAUACCGGGUGAAACGUUGGAUGAACUGUGGUCACGCUGCUCUCCGGAUAUCAAAUCACAGGUGGAACAGACGGCGUGGCAUCGCUACAACUACCGUGACGAGGAUGUCGACAUGACCGAUGCAGAUCAGCAGCGCCGAAAGGCGAGCAAGUCAGACCCCCCGACGCCAAAGCUUGCCCGACUCAGUCUUCCUGACGUUGAGUUUACAACACCCUUCAAGCCGUUAUCCGCGUCUCCCCGGGAUGCAUCUGAAGUCAUGGAGCCCAAGGAUCCAGAUCCGUUUUUGAGUGUCGACAUGGAGAACCUAAAGAACCGAAGGAGACACUCGAUAGCACCGCCCACCACGCCCACCACGCCCGCCACGUCCACCGAGGCUUCCCCGACCACGCCUACGAGGCAGAAUGGAACACGAACCCAGUUACCAGAGCAGCCAUCUCCCAUGGCCGUGACUGCGCCGGAGCCUGAAUUUGAUAUGCCGGCAAAGCGGGCUAAGACCCUGUAUCACCGGCCGCACUCUCUCCGGCCGAACACGAUCACGGACAAUAUCCUGGUGAACAUCUUUCAGUAUGCCGAUAUUGGAGAGCUCUUGAGGCUGCGGCUUGUCAACAGUCACUGGAAGCACCUCUUGACUACCUCCCCGAAGCUGUGCAGAUAUGUCGACCUCUCCUACUACAACAGGAGGGUGACCGACCAGGUCAUCAUCGAGGUCCUGGCGCCCUUUAUUGGAACGCGCGCGCUCGUCAUCGACCUCAACAACUGCUUUCACAUCACCGACGAGGGUUUUUCCGUGCUGUGGAAGACGUGCGGAAAGAAUGUGCAGAGGUGGAGGAUGCGCUCGCUGUGGGACGUUUCGGCAAACCAGAUCCUCGAGAUGAGCGAAAACGCCAAGGGCCUUAGGGAAGUGGACUGGAGUAACUGUCGUAAAGUCGGAGACAAUCUGCUCGGGCGAGUUGUGGGAUGGGUUGUCCCUGAGCCACCGCCAAUGAACAACAGCAAGGUUGUGAUAUCCAGCUCGGGCAAGAAGGCGAAGGAGAAGGCUGCCCAGCAACCGGCUCCCAACAUGCCACCUCCCGGAACGGUGAUUGGCUGCUCCAAGCUCAACACGCUGAACCUCUCGUACUGCAAGCACAUCACAGACCGGUCGAUGGGCCAUCUCGCGGCCCAUGCCUCGAACCGGCUCGAGUCGCUGUCCCUCACUCGCUGCACAUCCAUCACAGACGCAGGGUUCCAAGCGUGGGCUCAGUUCAAGUUUGAGAAGCUGACCCAUCUCUGCCUGGCGGACUGCACCUAUCUCUCCGACAACGCCAUCGUGGCACUCGUCAACGCGGCCAAAAACCUGACCCAUCUCGACCUGUCCUUUUGUUGCGCGCUUUCGGACACGGCAACGGAGGUGGUCGCCCUCGGCCUUCCCCGGCUGCGCGAGUUGAGGCUCGCCUUUUGCGGCAGCGCUGUGAGCGACGCCAGUUUGGAGAGCGUGGCCCUUCACCUCAACGAGCUCGAGGGCCUCUCUGUCCGCGGCUGCGUCCGCGUGACGGGCAAGGGCCUGGAAUACAUCCUCAGGGGCUGCACGCGCCUCAAGUGGGUCGACGUCAGCCAGUGCCGCAAUCUGGAACCAUGGCUUCGGGCAGGCAACAUAUCGAAAUGGGGAUUCGACAGCCGGGCCGGGAAGCCGGAAGCGACGUCGGUGAACAGCUGGCCCACGACGGCGUUUGACAGUGUGAUUGGAGACUUGCCAACGCCGCGAACGAUGAGCGUAGCGAUGCUCACGACGCCAAACUUCUUUCCGCGGCCAGGCGCUUCGCUCUUGGGUAGGAGAACGAGACAGCCUCAGGGCCCUGCGCGCAUUGCGCAGCAGCGGCUCCUCCCCGCGCUCACGAAAUCCGCCCUCCGCACGCCCAUGUCGAUGCGCAGCUUCCACCAGCUCAGCACCAAGACGCCCAAGAGCAGCGCCUUCUUCACCUCGCGCUUUGCCUCGGCGACGACCCGCCACGGCUUCGCGCGCUCGUACUACCAGGAGACGGCCAACGGCCGGACCCAGGCCGCGACGAGCGGGCAGGGCCUGCGCAAGCUGCUGGUGGGAGGCGCCAUCUUCGGCGGCACGCUGGUGGCCAUCAACGCCGUGUUCAACCGCGAGACGAGGGAGGACGGCGGGAUGCCGUUGUUUGAGCGGGAGUACCUGAACAACACGUUCCUGCACACGGGCCUGGGCGUGGGCAUCAUUGGUUUGACGGCGAGGCAGAUGGUGCAGACGGGCUUCGUGUACCGGCUGAUGGUGACGAACCCGUGGGUGGUGGGCUUGGGAGGACUGGCGCUGAGCUUUGCGACGAUGAUUGGCACUCGGUCCAUCAGCCCUGACAACUACAUCCCCAAGUACGCUCUCUGGACUGCCUUCAACGCCACCCAGGCCGCCUUUGUCGCUCCCCUGCUGGCCUUUGUCCCCGUUCCGCUGCUCGCCCGCGCCGGCCUCUACACCGUCGCCAUGAUGGGCUCCCUGUCCAUUGUUGGCGCCACGGCAAAGCAGGAGAAGUACCUCUACAUCGGCGGCCCCCUCCUGGCCGGAGCCGCCAUCGUCGCCGCCUCCGGAUUCGCGCCCCUCCUCAUCCCCGCCACGGCCGUCCGGACGCUGGCCUUUACUGAGAGCAUCUGGCUGUACGGAGGCCUGGCCGUGUUUGGCGGCUUCACGCUGUACGACGUGCAGAAGGUGCUGCACCACGCUCGGCUGGCGCAGGCCGGCGUGAUUAAGCGGGAUCCCGUGAACGAGAGCAUUUCGCUGGAGCUGGACUUUUUGAACAUUUUCAUCCGUUUUGUGCAGAUUCUGUCGAUGAACCAGAACCGGAGAAAGUAA